AUGGAGUGCUGCCUUCGCACAGAAAGCUGCCUUCGCAAAGAGUGCUGCCUUCGCAAGGAGUUCUGCCUUCGCAAGGAGUGCUGCCUUUGCAAGGAGUGCUGCCUUUGCAAGGAGUGCUGCCUUUGCAAGGAGUGCUGCCUUUGCAAGGAGUGCUGCCUUCGCAACGAGUGCUGCCUUCGCAAGGAGUGCUGCCUUCACAAGGAUUGCUGCCUUCCUAAGAAUGCUGCCUUUGCACGGAGUGCUGCCUUUGCACUUAGUGCGGCCCUCGCACGUAGUGCUGCCUUCGCACGGAGUGCUGCCUUUGCACAGAGUGCUGCCUUUGCACAGAGUGCUGCCUUUGCACAGAGUGCUGCCUUCACAAGGAGUGCUGCCUUCGCAAGGAGUGCUGCCUUCGCAAGCAGUGCUGCCUUGGCAAGCAGUGCUGCCUUCGCAAGGAGUGCUGCCUUUGCAAGGAGUGCUGCCUCCGCAAGGAGUGCUGCCUUCCCUAGGAGUGCUGCCUUCGCAGGGAGUACUGCCUUUGCUAGGGUUUGUGCCUUCACACGGAGUGCUGCCUUCGCUAGGAGUGCCGCCUUCGCACAUAGUGCUGCCUUCAAACGGAGUGCUGCCUUUGCACAGAGUGCUGCCUUCGCUAGGAGUGCUGCCUUUGCUGGGAGUGCUGCCUUCGCACGGAGUGUUUACUUCGCUAGUAGUGCUGCCUUCGCACGGAGUGCUGCGUUCCCUACGAGUGCUGCAUUCGCUACGAAUGCUGCCUUCGCACAGAGUGCUGCCUUCGCACGGGGUGCUGCCUUUGCACAUAGUGCUGCCUUUGCAAGGAGUGCUGCCAUCGCACGGUGUGCUGCCUUUGCACAGACUGCUGCCUUCGCAGGGAGUGCUGCCUUCGCAAGGAGCGGUGCCUUCGCAAAGAUUGCUGCCUUCGCAAGGAGUGCUGUUGUAGCACAGAGUGCUGCCUUCGCACGGAGUACUGGUUCACACAGAGUGCAGCCUUCGCACAGAGUGCUACCAGCGCAGGGAGUGCUGCCUUCGGAAGGAGUGCUGCCUUUGCAUGGAGUGCUGCCUUCGCAGGGAGUGCUGCCUUCGCAAAGAGUGCUGCCUUUGCAAGGAGUGCUGCUUCGCUAG